UAACGCUGAGCCACUGCACAAAUAAUUGACUCCCAUUUAUCUAGCACUCUCUUUGAAAAAGAAAAAAACUGUUAGGUUAUGUAUUCCACACAUUUUAUUAAUUAUGUUUAGUUAUUAUAAGCUUUUUUUCUGCCAUUGUGCAAACACUCCAAGCGCUAACGUUCAGAAAUGUUAGUUUUGAAUCAGAGUGGAAAGACGAAAGGAGGAUUUGUUCGCUGUAGUUUUUCAGAUGUCCUGCCGCCGUCAACUCGAGCUGGCGCUCCAUCAAACGGCACUACGCUCCCCACAAUGCAACCCGCCACAAUAAAAUACGUCACCGAGCACGUGACCGUUAAGCGGAGCCGACCAAAAUCCCAAACAAGGAAAUGGUGGGGUAAUAAAAACGAUCGGAUCAUUUAAUUAAUGCAUGUAAUAAUUAAUAUUUUAUUUUCUUGUAAAUUAAGAAAUAUUUAUGGGUUAAAAUGGACUACGACUUCAAAACGAAGCUCGCCGCCGAGAGGGAGAGAGUGGAAGAUCUGUUUGAAUAUGAAGGUUGUAAAGUGGGUCGCGGCACAUACGGGCAUGUUUAUAAAGCGAAGCGUAAAGACGGGAAGGAUGAGAAGGAGUAUGCACUGAAACAGAUUGAAGGAACGGGUAUUUCCAUGUCUGCCUGCAGGGAAAUCGCUUUGCUGAGAGAGCUGAAGCAUCCAAACGUCAUCGCGCUGCAGAAAGUGUUUCUGUCUCACAGUGACCGUAAAGUCUGGCUCCUGUUUGACUACGCCGAGCAUGAUCUGUGGCACAUCAUAAAAUUUCAUCGAGCAUCAAAGGCCAACAAGAAGCCCAUGCAGCUGCCCAGGGGGAUGGUGAAGUCUCUGCUCUACCAGAUCCUAGACGGCAUCCAUUACCUGCACGCCAACUGGGUGCUGCACAGAGACCUGAAACCUGCCAAUAUCCUGGUAAUGGGGGAAGGUCCAGAGCGAGGACGAGUCAAAAUUGCUGAUAUGGGUUUUGCUCGACUCUUCAACUCUCCGCUGAAGCCUCUGGCUGAUCUGGACCCAGUGGUCGUCACCUUCUGGUACCGGGCGCCUGAACUGCUCCUCGGGGCGAGACACUACACCAAAGCAAUCGAUAUUUGGGCAAUAGGCUGUAUCUUUGCGGAGCUGCUGACGUCAGAGCCAAUCUUCCAUUGUCGACAAGAGGACAUAAAGACCAGCAAUCCUUUCCAUCACGACCAGUUAGAUCGCAUAUUCAGCGUCAUGGGCUUCCCAGCAGAUAAAGACUGGGAAGAUAUCAGAAAAAUGCCAGAGUAUCCUACCUUACAGAAAGAUUUCAGAAGAACCACAUAUGCCAACAGCAGUCUCAUCAAAUACAUGGAGAAGCAUAAGGUCAAACCAGACAGCAAAGUGUUUCUACUGCUGCAGAAGUUGCUGACUAUGGACCCCACCAAAAGAAUCACGUCUGAACAGGCACUGCAGGACCCCUAUUUCCUGGAGGACCCCUUACCUACAUCUGAUGUGUUUGCCGGCUGUCAGAUCCCCUACCCCAAACGCGAGUUCCUGAGUGAGGAUGAACCAGAGGAGAAAGCAGAGAAGAAUCAGACGCAGCAGCACCAGCAGACGGCUGCGCAGACGCAGACACAGACGCAGCAGGCUCCGACACAGCAGAGCUCAGCGCAGACCAACGGCACAUCAGGCACCGCAGGGGCAAACACAGGGCCCUCCAUGCAGCACGGCCAGGACCAGGGGCCACCAAACAAAAAAACUCGCACCUCAGGAACCGGUGUUCAUCAAACAGACUACCAGCACUCCAGCUCCCGACUUGGCUACCAGAGCAACAUCCAAGGCUCCACCCAGUCGCAAAGCACUAUGGGAUAUUCAUCCUCAUCUCAGCACUCUCAUCAGUCUCACCGAUACUGAGACUCAAGAACAUGCACUCAAAUACUUAACAUAUUUACCACAAGCAGAAGACCAGGCAAAUCAGCAUUGUCAUUCAGUCGGAGUGUCGGGUCAGCCCCGCAUUCGAGCCAGCAUAUCCAAAACAACACAGUUACACAACGCCACUCCAACCAAAGCACAACUCUGCAACCCUUUCCAUUGAGCAGAACUUCUCUGAAGGACCAGAGCCAUAAUCAUCCAUCAGAACUGGACAUCUCAGCAGAUUUAAUCAUCCUCCAUCGCCAACCAUGCCUAAAGAUCCGUAAUACUCACACGGUCUUAUUUAAUGACCAUUAGACCAAACCAGUCUCAAGACAUAAGUGGAAUGCUGCGCAGGUCAUGGUUACAGAAGGAAGUGACUUUUUAAACUGUAGUUUCUUAAAGGGGCAGUACACACAAUAAUGAAUUUUCCUCAGCGUUUACUCACACUGGUCCUACACAGAGUUUCUCUCUUCUGUUGAAGACAAAGGAAGAUAUACUGAAGACUGUUAAAAAAAAAAGCAGCCAAUAGCCGUGUUUCCAUACAAAUAUGCAAAUUGGGUUCAUGCGCAAAACUGCAACAUUGCAUAAAACAUUAGCAAAUAAGGGUGCUUUCACACCUGCCUUAUUUAGUUGGGUUGAAUCGCACUAGAGUUCGUUUCCCCUUUU